AUGGCCGACGACAUCGAAACUAGCAUCCAAGCCGCCAUCGACGCCGGUAAGAUCAACGGCGCCGUCAUCUGUGCCACCGAUACGCACGGCAGCUUCACCUACAACAGAACGAUCGGCGAGCGAACACUGCUCUCCGGUGAUAAGCUUCCACACCAACUAGACGAUGUGCUCUACCUCGCCUCAGCAACAAAACUAGUCGCCACCAUCGCUGCCCUCCAAUGUGUCGAAGACGGGCUUCUAAGCCUCACGGGCGAUCUCUCCGCCAUCGCACCCGAGCUCGGAGCGAAGAAAGUCAUCACCGGCUUCUCAGAUGAUGGCGAAACGCCAAUAUUGGAACCCGCAGCGCGCCCCAUCACACUUGAAAUGCUCCUCACCCACAGCGCAGGUACGUCGUACCAUUUCAUGCAACCCCAUGUCGCGCAGUGGCGUGAGAAGUUUGCGGCGCCCAAGGAAGGCGAGAAGAAGAAUGUGGAAGAGCUUUUCUGCUAUCCGCUGAGCUACCAGCCAGGCUGUGGAUGGAUGUACGGACCUGGACUGGACUGGGCGGGCCGAAUUGUUGAACGGGUGACGGGCUUGACGCUGGGUGAACGCAUGCAGAAGCGAAUCUUUGAUCCCUUGGGUAUCAAUGAUGCACAAUUUUAUCCAGUCACCCGAGAGGAACUGCGAAGCCACCAGGUAGAUUUGAACCCGGAUGACCCUGAUGGUCUGGGUCGGGCUGUUCUGGGUGGUUCUGCGGACAUGAACUCGCGUGGGCGCGGGGACUUUGGUGGGCAUGGAUUAUUCAUGUCUGGUGAAAGUUAUGUGAAGAUUCUUCAUUCGAUCCUGGCAAAUGAUGGGAAACUGCUUAAGCCCGCUCUUGCCGAUGAGAUGUUUCAACAACGACUCAGCCCCGAGGCCGCUGAGAGCCAUCGAGCUGCACUGGCCUCUCCCAUGGGCGUGUUCUUCCGCGUAGGUGUUGGUGUUGAGACAUCAUGUGGACAUGGUCUCGGGGGUCUGCUUACUUUGGAAGAUGUGGAUGGAUGGUACGGGGAGCGGACGUUGACUUGGGGUGGUGGUAUGACAGUUGCUUGGUUUAUUGAUCGCAAGAAUGGCCUUUGUGGUGUUGGUGCCAUUCACGCUAAGCUGCCCUUGGACCACGACGCUGUCUCUGAUCUAAAGCAAGUCUUCCGCCGCGACAUGUAUCGGAAGCUCGCUGCCUGGAAAUCAAGCGAGUAA